UAAGUCAGGCUGACCCUAACCAUUAUAACUAUAUGGAGGGCGGACUUUCUGUUACACGAACCCUCAGUUUCGUUAUACCUGAACCAGGCUGGGUGAGACGAGCACCUUCAUUAUGAGAUACUGCCACCGUUCAGUGAGUACUGCCACCGUUCAACAAAGCGUGAAGAGGUCAACUCAACUUGUCUUCUGGGCAUAAGAGAAGUUCGUUUUCAGCUUACCCUGGAUCUGAAGACACGAAACGGAAAACCCUAUGACAAUAUUCAGAAUCCUUGGAGAGAAUCCAUCACCAUAAUUUCUCCCACUAUCGUGUAAAAGAUAAGACGCUAAAGAAGAUUGCCUUAACGCCAACGUGCGUAGAACUAAAUAGCUUAAUUUAUCUGAACCCACCUGUCUUAUACACCACGCGCGGAACUCGCACCUUGGUUACACGAUAGGAAAUUUGAGCGUCAGAACGAUUCAGUGUAGCGUUGUCGUUAAGCUAAUGAGACCGAGUUCUGCUUAUGUUGUGUGAGAUUCGGCGUGACAAGUACUCCAAGAAUCGUUCUCAAGCACUGACUCAUUUUCUUAUACAUACACAUUUAUAUUUAUUAUUCAUUCAAUAUAAUGCAAUCAACGUUUCUGCUAGAGAGAUAAAAUCAUCACCGGGCAUCUGAACGUCAGGGUGUAUUAACAUCGACAUCUCCCAUUAGGAAAUUGCUUUCAAGUUUAAGACAGAGAACGAGCGCUUAACGCAGACAGGAUGGUUAACUGCCGGUUAACCGAUAAAUCCAGGCUGAUGAUUGUUCCAUGAAUGAGACAUCUGGCAGUGGUAAUUCAGUUAUUGAGAGCCAUGAAUGAUCUAAGAGUGAGACCGUUGUAUAGAAACCGAGAGACCUUGUUCAUGAGAGGCCCUCCACUGGAUCCAUACCGGUUCGGGCUAGCGUGACGCAAGCCAGUCAAAAUUUAGGACGGGGCUUACCUGUACAAAUCAAUGUAUCACGGGGGAUCUCUCGUACACGACCAGCUGGGCUAGUCUCAUGCUAUACUAUUAUAUGUAAGUAUACAGAACGAACGUCAUUGGACUAAUGCUUACAGGGUUGACUAUAAUCUACACACGACCCUCAUAAUGCUAUUAUUCAUCUAAAGGGACAAGUGCACUGGUUUCCGAUAAAUAUAUAUUGUAUACACCGAUGUGCUGUUUACGUGCCGAUAUUCACGCAAAGGCGGUCAAUACGUGAGACAAAUUUGACACCAACGACGCAACGUUUUUCCUAAUUUAUCAGAUUUAAAGCAUACAAAUUUGUUCCGGUCAGUAAACACCUUAGGGUUGUGAGUGAACUGAUCCUUGUCCUAUGUAAGUACCAAUAUAGGCCAAGCUUGAGGUAUCUGUGGGGUUUUUUCGCAAUUCCGCACGUACGCCGGACAUAACUCGUGAUCAUUACAUUAAUAGAUCUCAAGAUCGACCGACCAACGUAUCACCGACUUGGCUGCGCAGCAAAAGGUCUAUUUCGAACCCAGCAGAAUGGACCUGACAACGUUGAAGAUUCUGUUGUUAUUUCUGCUUCUUCUUCUGACUGCUGUGUUCGGUUUCCUGCCCCUGGGCCUGUUGCUUUACCUCGCAGACCCGAAGGACAGUGUUGGGGGUAAAACAAGGAAGUGGCUGUCACGACUGUCCUGUUUCGCGGGCGGAGUUUUCCUGGGUACGACUCUAUUGCACUUACAACCCGAAGUACACGAAGCAAUGGAAUACGUGUUGAAAACCAAGAACAUAAACACCGAUUUUCCCGUUGCUGAAUUUGUUAUUGGAUGUGGUUUCUUUCUUGUGAUAUUGUUAGAUACUAUCGUCAUGAAGAUAAAGUACAGAAGGCAAGGGUAUGACUUAUUGACAAACAUGAGGUCUUUAGAGGAUAGACUGCCUCUUCAACGUAGUUUUAACGAUAAUAACAUACAAACAGAGAACUCUAGUGGAUAUAAAAAACAUAUGCAGAGAUCAAAGAGUUGCGAGACUUUUGUCUUUAAUAGGGUGGAUGACUUAAACAGUCUAGAAACUUCAUUUUCUUCAUAUAAAACAACCGAUUCUGACGCUGAGGGGGAUAGAAAAAACUUGGAACAUUGUCAAAUUGAAUUUCGUGACGCAGAGACGCCUGCUAGUCAAGCAGAAGAGCACCACCCUAUUGCUAACUCGAUAUCUGUAAGUCAACUCGAUUCUCAACAAAAACUUCGCUCUAUAUUACUCUUAGUAGCCGUUUCCUUCCACAGCAUAUUUGGAGGGCUGGCCCUUGGAUUAACGAAAAGUAAACUGGCUCUGUGGACUUUAUUUAUUGCAAUAAGUGUACACAAGAGCGUCAUUGUUUUUACGAUAGGAUUACAACUUUUUCAAACGCAGACAGUAAAGCUUGCGAUGGUAUCUGUGGCAAUAUUUUCUCUUAUUAGUCCAAUCGGCGUUGCCAUAGGAACGUUUGUUUCAGAAACCAAAUCACAGGAUGUGAUGACGACAGCGCUGGUUAGCUCAAUACUACAAGGUCUAGCAACAGGAACAUUUCUUUACGUCACGUUUUUGGAAAUAUUACAGAAAGAACUGAGGCAUGGGCACAGUGUCACUAAAAUAUUUUGUAUUCUAGUAGGGUUUUCCUGUAUGGCAGGGUUAUCUUAUUUAGAAGGAGCGUAAAGGCUUCUACAGAAAGAGCUAUCUUGCCGUGCUCAAAACUCCAUCUAAUCCCCUAAAGAGGUUAAAGACUAAUUAAUAUUUAUGAAAAUUCAUUGUGUUUUUAUAGGCUCUUGAUGCCCUUUACGGCAAGUAUGUGCAACGUUCUGAAAGUUUUGACUAAGCUACCCCUGAAAAAUUCCCAAGUAGAACCUAGUAUAAUUUGAAGUCAUUAAAAAAUAUGCACAGAUAUCAUCUGACAACUGCAUAUUCUUAUCAAAAGGUCGACUUACAACAAACACGUCGCAGUGUCCCACUAAAUUAAACUGAUGAUUUAGUGACCCAAAUGACGCUAUCAGAGAUUGGGGGGCCACGGGGUUGAUAGUGUUUUUUAUACUGACUGGUGCAAUUUUAUCUGCAAGAAAUCAAUCCAAAGAAAAUAUAUAUUUCACUAGCACUUAGAAUGCAAUAAGUGCAUAGAUACGAUAUAUAUCUCAGGGACAUUUACUUCCUCUGAUCUAUCUUAAUUUUUUUGGGAGUAUGUGGCGGAUGGGGGCGAUUAACGGUUUGAAGCGACCUUAUUCCCACCUUUUGACUCGAUCGUCUGCAACAUUGCAACAGUUUGAAACUGGGAUAAAUACGUUCAAAUCUGACCUAGAAGAUAUGUUAAGAUAGGGUUUUAUAAAAUUAAAAGAAAUGGUGAAUUGAAGUAGACCAUGGUACAUUUUGCGCCACACACAAUUCGCCCCUAUGUCGUUUAAACUGAUCAAAAUAAAGAAAUAUUUUUAAGGACAAACAUUAUUUUCGAAACGAUUUAGUAGUUGAAUCAUUGAUGGUUCUGUUGGCUGGAUACAAUCCUUGGCGCCAUACUAGUUUCAUUAUUUAUAGAACUGAAGCGUGAGUCUGGAUGCAGAUCUUUCUUGAAAAAUGUAGUUGCCAAAUGCUUAUACUAUCAAACUUGUGUCAGAAGCGGAAUGAAGGUAUCAAGGUAUUGCUCUGACGAUAUACAAUAUUUUACUAGUCUGAUAUAUUUCAUCACGAUACUUUUUCCAAUAUUUGAUAACUUUUUUGCACUUUUUCUUUCCUCUUCUUGAUAAUGACAAAAAAAGGAAAACCUCAAUAAAGAGGCAAUAAUAAAAAAUAAUAAUAAUGAUGAAUAAACAAAUUUGGGUUUAAUUUCCUUGAUUUUGCAUCUACUUUAUCAAGUUACGGGUGGUUUAUAUGAUGCAAGGGAUGGGUGCAUGCAGUUUUACUAAGGCAAAAUACUUUAGUAGUUAAACAUUUUUCUAACAUUACACGUUUUCCAACAUUUGAUAAACUUAUUGUGAUUGUCUCCUUUUUUGGAUAUAAAAAAGAUUAAAGACAAAAAAGAUGCAUCCCCGAAAAUGGAUUAAAAUUAGUGAAAGGAUUUCACCCGAGUUUAAAUUAUUCUGUAGUUGCAAGUUGUUUGACCACUUUCGACCACUGCCAUGAAAAUU